CCAGCUGCCUUGAGCUUCGAUUGCCUUGUGCACCAGACGUCAAUCGUCAAUCGUUUUAGCCCUUUCCAACAUUCAUCCACUUAUAAUAACGCUCACCUCAGUUCGAUCCCUUCCCACUUUCGAUCCGAGGGCUGAUAUCCUAUUUUUCUAAAUCAAUUUCCGGACACCAAUUCUUACCAUGGAUACUCUCGUAGCCAGGUACAGCCGCCCGGCUGCGUCCCACCAUGAGGCAUUCGCCGACGACCAACAAGAAGACCUCCAGAACGAUAUGUCGCCCGCCCUCUCUCUCAACUUCGCCAUGCCUCCUGUGGCUCAACCCUCGGCCUGGCUCCGCGCAGCAACAGACGACCACUCGAACCCGAACUGCCCGAUCAAGAUCGCCCACGGUACAACGACUCUCGCCUUCCGGUUCCAAGGCGGCAUCAUCGUGGCGACGGACUCGCGAGCCACAGCCGGCAACUGGAUCGCUUCGCAGACGGUGAAGAAGGUGAUCGAGAUCAACAACUGCCUGCUGGGCACCAUGGCCGGCGGUGCCGCCGACUGCCAGUACUGGCUAGCCUGGCUGGGAAUGCAAUGCCGACUACACGAGCUCCGUCACAAGCGCCGUAUCAGCGUCGCCGCGGCCUCCAAGAUCCUCGCCAACCUCGUCUACCAGUACAAGGGCAUGGGCCUGUCCAUGGGCACCAUGUGUGCCGGCGUCACCAAAGAGGAGGGCCCCGCCCUGUACUAUAUCGACUCCGACGGCACACGGUUGGCCGGAAACCUGUUCUGUGUCGGUUCCGGACAGACGUUCGCGUACGGUGUGCUCGACGCCGAGUACAAGUACGAGCUAGGCGUGGAAGAAGCCCUAGAGUUAGGUCGCCGAAGUAUCUUGGCUGCCACGCACCGAGAUGCGUACUCUGGAGGUUACAUCAACUUGUACCAUGUCAAGGAAGAGGGAUGGGUGAAGCACGGAUUCAACGACACGAACCCGAUAUUCUGGAAGACGAAGCUGGAGAAGGGCGAGUUCACAAACGUCACGAGUGCAUUGGAUUAAGAUGACGAAUUAGAGAAGCAAAAGGUGAAGCGUAUGCUUCGCAUCAGGUACUCCCGGCGGAAUAUCGUACAUGUAGCAAGACCAGGGGAAAUGCAAAGCUGAGCUUGAUAGACUGCCACCAUAGCUAUCUAGACGAACUCCCACGGUCCUUUGGGAUCCGCCGUGUUAAUGUACAACAUCCAACUAUGAC